AUGAUCCCGAUUACCUGCAACGCCGUGGGCGAUAUCCUCGCACUAGCGACCCUCUUCCUCGACAUCGCUCGAGCUCUAGACGAAUCCCGCGGUUCUCCCGCCAAAUGGCGCACCCUCAACUCGGAAUUGAAGUCCUUGCAUAUCGUGUUGACAUCUGUGGCUCGCGUUGCCGAGCAUACCGCGGAUACGCUCCUCCGCGACGAGAUUGUCCGCGAGGUCAAUCGGUGUAGUGAUGACGUGCGGCGCGCGCUCGAGCGCGUGGCAGAGUUUUCUAUGCUCGGGCGUGACGAGUCCCCCGACGAUGUUUGCAGCAUUAAGAUGAAGCGUCAGUGGUACAAGCUCAAGUGGCGCUUUGGGUAUCACGGGAGCGCCGAGAGCAUCCGUGCUGAGCUUGCAGCAGCGACAAACCGUUUGACGGCCUACCUGGUCGUGUCCAAUGCUGAUAAGAUACACAGCUUGGGAGCGUCAAUCACAGAACAGUUCACUGCUACGUCCGCACAGAUCUGUACCUUGCUUCUGCAGCAGUUCGAAGUCGCCGCGAUGCGCAACGCCGAGCUCACACGUACCGUACACGGCCAUUCGGCGUUCCUGCAAGGUUCCCAGUUUUCUUCGCGAAGUUCCCUCGCGUCUGCGGGCUCUUCCAGCAACGCCUUCCAUAAUCUAGACAGUAGCAAGGCUGCCGCCGCUGCCCUACUGUGCUUCGCUAUAUGCACCAUGCACGAUACUUCGCGUUCCUUUCAUUCUGCGCUCCUUCUGGCCGCUUUCGGUAUCUUGAUGAGUGGCAUGGCACGAGAGACCUUUACUGUCUCGUCGGAUGUCAGAUACGGACAGUCCAACUCGGUUCUUCUGGACGACGCAAUGGGCCGUCAACUGGUGCUACCGAUCGAGCUAUGUGCAACAGUCGAGCUUCUGCAUGCGACCCUCGUCACCCUAUUCUCUCCGACAUCGGGUUCCUGGUUCAUCCACUCACGCAACUACAGGAUCCGGACCAUCUAUAAGGAUGGAGACUAUAGAAUAUCUUUGCCACACCGGGACGAUGGACCUCUGUUCAUUGAGCCGGGCGCCAAACUUGUGAUGGAUGUCAUUAUAUUGGACAAUAAUCUACAAGUCGUAUGUCCAAUCUGUCAAUUAUUAGGUGUUGUCAGGCCGUUGCGCUUCGAGGACCAUUCGACGUGCUCAUAUUGCCAGUGGACAGUCUGGUUUCUAGGUUUUGGCCUUCAAAGCAGCUACGGUGCUGAGUUCGACGGUUGCAGAGUGAUCCUUCCGCUUGCCAAACCCACUUUUCCAGUCCAAACCCAGGCCGCCAGACCUGGGAAAAUUUUGCCCGAGAUCGGGGCUUCUCGAUCAACUCUACGACAGACCAGUGCAACCGAAAAUAUUGCUAAGCGUCCACACUUGGACUGGAAUAGUCAGAUCAAAGCCUUCACACGCAUAUACCUCUGUCCCACGGAUGGCAGUCUUGAUUCUCUUCCCAAACAGUCUACUGACUUCCACAUGGCUGCCCUGAACGGUCACUAUGACGUUGUCUGUGACGUUCUCGAAAGGGGCAUAGACGUCAAUCUCACCGACCCGUCAGGUCACACCGCGCUUCAUUCUGCCUCUAUGGGCGGUCAUCUCACCAUUGUCGAAUUAUUGCUCGAUUAUGGCGCCGUUGUCAAUGCGGUUGCGCUGAAUUCAUUGACACCCAUCGCAUGUGCCUUGGCUUGCAUGAAGUUCGUAGUCGCGGAACUACUCAUUUCUCGGGAUGCUCUCUCCGGUCUUUCGCCACUCUCGCAGGCCAUCAUUUUAUAUUAUGCUGCAAAGUCCGGUCAUAUCCAGAUAGUCCAGAUUAUGCUUACACUCGGCACAGAUGUGAACACGCGUGUGGCGAUUGCUGGAGGCAAGACGGCACUGCAUUGUGCAUGUGAGGUACAAGUGGCUCAUCGUACGCAUAGGGAACAAAUUAUCCAGUUACUCUUGCAGAACGGAGCAGACAUACACGCGUGCUCUGACACCGGCGAAACUCCUCUCUCAAUUGCUUUGAGGACUUGGCGUUCUAACCUGUUUGAGUUCCUCAUCCCUUCAGAAGACAUGGACAACAUUCUGCUCAAUUGGACUGCAUGGUGGCCCAGCAAUGGACUUGACCUGUUAGAGGUAGCCGUUGGAGCCGGUCUUCCCAAGCUCAUCACAGCACUCUUACAAACUGGGGUUGAUGUUAAUCUGCGGUUUCCUGAUGGUCAUACUCCGCUGACAUCGGCAGUCAAAUCGUUGCAAUACGAGCCUGCGACGCUACAUCUGGGAAACGCCCCCCCACUUAGCGCCUCUUAG